AUGACUGACAUUAAUAACCCCGCCAGAGUAUCAGAUUCAAAGCCUAAUCUUAAUCCUUUUGCGGAGUCAUUCGUACCUACUUUCCUAAAAGCUGUUGUAAAUCCCAAAAACGAUGAACAAAACGCUCAGGCAAACAACACUGCCACACCGUAAUUUAAUCUCAAUGCUCCUGUCUUCAAACCAAAAAAGACCAUUACAGUCUAAAAUAGCAAUACUACAGGUUUAAGCAAUACCACAUAGAUAGAUUACAAUAUUCCUACACAAAAUCCAUAAGAUAACCUUAAUGUCAUGAACUAAGGAGUAAACAAUUCAUCAGAUGCAUUGAAUGGUUACGUUAAUCCUUUUGCAUCAAAAUCCUCGGUAAAUUCGACCUUACAAAAGAAGAAACAGGCCAAUCUCAAAGAUGAAACCAAAAAGAAGAUUUAUUCAAUCGACUUUGUACUUUCCUUGAGAAGUCAAUUCAAAGAUAGACCAAGUAAUAUGGCACUUCUAGAUUUCCCGCAUAAAAAGAGAAGAAAUCUAAAGAAAGGAGGAGAAAUGAGCGAGAGUGAUAAAUUCAACUAUACUGUCAGAGAAUUAAGAAUUAUGCUCAAUAAGCUAUCAACUGAUAACUUUGAAACUGUGUCCAAAAAGAUUCUCAAUGAUUUUGCCAUCACACCAUCACUGUUAAAUGAAUUGAUGAAAAUCAUUUUCAUGAAAGCAACUACUGAGAUCGCAUACCUUGAGGUCUACGUGAGACUUUGUAUUUAACUUUUCAAGAAGUACAAUGACAAAGAAAACAAAGAAAUGAACUUCAAAAAGCUGCUUCUCAUGAAAUGCCAGAAAUAAUUCUACAAGAUGCACGAGAAAGAAGAGAAAGAAAGAAGAAGUAGAAAAGCCAGUUUAUAGCUUGAAGAAAAUUAAAGUUCUAACAACUCAACUACUAAUCAAUAGUUGGCAUAAAAUGAAUCAGAUUUUAACAAGCAAAUGCUAUACGUAUUUGACGAAGGUGAAAUUAAACACAGAUAGAGAUUGCAAUUGUUUGGAAACAUGCAACUUAUAGUAGAAUUAUACUUGCACAACUAAAUACCUGAAGUUAUUAUUCUCACCUGUAUAUAAUCCUUGUUGGAAGAUAUUCAAACUGACUAGAGUGUUGAAAUCCUAUGCCAAAUGCUUCAUAAAUUAUCUUCUUUUGUGGUAAAAAGAGCGGUCUUGGAAAAAGAAUAAGAAAAAGCUAUGAAUAAUCAUAGUUCAUCAGGAGACAAAAAAUCAUAAAAGCGUAAGCCUAGCAAGACUUAUUAGAUUAAUCUUGAAUACAUUGAGGGGACUCUAUAAAGACUAUUUUCUCACAGAAUGAGUGAGCAUUUGUCUUCUAGAAUCAGAUUCAAAAUCUAGGAUCUUAUGGAUACUUACUCAUAACCAGGUUCAUGGAAGGAAGUUAUUUAUUAAGAGAGAUUGAUGAUAGACAGUGAAGGUUUCUAAUACAAAUAUGUUCCUAAAGAUCAUAUUUUGCCUGAAGAAUCAAUUAAGAAAGGCUAGAAAUCAGGUAAAAGAGAAAGAAAAGGAACUGAAAGUAGCUCAAGUGGUGCUGGAUAUAUGUAUAUCUAAAAAUCCAAAAAUAACGAUACCACUUCUUAAAAAAGUGUAUCAGAUCUAGGUAGUUCUAAGAAAUCUAAUGCUUCCCCUGCCACCAAGAAGCAAGUUUAAAGCAGUACAAAGAAAAACACUUUGACAGCUUUACUGAGAGAUCUUAAACCAGAGGGUGGAAGUCAUGAAAAUCUGCUUUAAUUGUAAUCAGAUUCAGAAGAUGAUGAAAGCGUCAGAAAAAUUAUGGAUAGAAAAGUAUCUAUGAAUGAACAAAAUGUGAUUGGUCUUAAUUUUGAGAAAUAUACAAAUCAAAAGCCAUCACAAGACAUUAGACGUAAAAUUGCUAAUUACUUUGCUGAGUAUAAGGAAAGUCAAGAUAGAGUACACGCUAAGAUUAGUUUCUAAGACAUUUGCAAGGAAACUAAUAUCUAACCAUUCAUUUUCGUGGGCUAUAUCUUGCACAAUGCCUUUUCAUAGGAUUAACAAGGCUGGGAUCAAGUCUUUAGUUUGGUCAUAGAUUAUCUUUUUAAGUAAGAGUCAAUGUUAUCAGAUAGAGAGAUUUUAGAAGGAGUUCAUGUCUCAUUAGCUAACUUUAUUGAUACUUUGAUUGAUUAUCCAAACGCCAAAGACUACUCAUUCCAAAUGUUCGAUAAACUUGGGGGACUGGGAAUCAUACCAGUUGAUAUGAUCGAAAAAUACAAAAAGCAUAUUGAAAAUUUAAUGGAUGAGGACAUCGAUUGUUGA